AUGUUAUCGCUUGGAAAAACCGGCGAUAAAAGGGCCCGUUUUGGCUGCUGGAACAGCGACGUCAUGUUGUUUCGUACUAUUUCCAUUUUCGUCGUUUUCCUGAUUGGCAAGAUCAGUGCCGAUUGUCCAGAUGGUUCCCUUCAAUCACCUGAUGGAAGUUUGUGAGUGAACUUUGCCGAGUUUUUACCUGGUUUCAAAAAAACGAGAUUAUGCCAGUUUUGGACUUUUUAGUAACCCGUCAACAGUAGUGAUUUCGAAAAUUCAUGGAAUAUACAAGUUAGAAUCAAAGAUGUGUUCAGAAGAAGGGACAAAAAACGUUUUCUAAAUGGAAAGUCUCUUUGAACUUUUUUGUAUCGGAGAUUUCAGUCUUGUCAGUUUCGAAAAAAAGAAAUUUUCAAUCUGAAUUUUCAAAUUAAACUUCAGAAGCUUUAAAAACUUACUUCCAGUCUCAAAAACGUAGGAUACGGAAAAACACAUCUCGUUUCAAAUUUCUCAAAUAAAACUCAAUUUUUCUAAAACUUCCUGGAGCCUUGUUAGAAGCUCAAAGCUCACUAACGUGUCAAAAAUAUUCGUUAUCUCCAGUAAUUUUCAGAAAGUUUGAGCUUCAUGGAAGGAAGUUUUUUUAAAAAAACCUAAAGUUCCCAUUUCCAGAUGCUACCAAGUGGUUCAAACCGAGUUAACCUACAACGAGGCCAAAAUAGCUUGUGGGCUUCUGUCUGGAGGUCUUCCUUUGGUUCCAAACGCCUUUAUCAACUCGUUUUUUUGAGUGGAGAGCUCAAAGGUUUGAUCAAACUACUGGUAAAAAGUUGGACUGGAUCCAAAAAGCUUCGCUAAGUCUGUUCUGGAGAGGAUAAUUAUAGGCAUCUUUCAAAUCCAUUACAGUACAUAUUAAGAACUUCUAAUAAAAUUCCUCGAGGUCGUUUUUUUCACUCUGGGAGCUGUCAAACUUGAAGCCAAAUUCAAAAAAAUCUAAUAAUUUAAAUCAAAAAAAUGAAGAAAAAUAAACUUCUUUUUAGAGCUCACCCUACAGUAUCUUCUGCUCUUAAAAAAACAAUCUAAAUCGUUUUUACUGCAAUCGUCCCCCUUGUAACUGAAAAACUUGAUAUUGGAAUUUAAAUUCUAAAAAAAGAAGUGUAAAAUUAUCAUUCUACACUUUUUCUCUUAUUGGGAAAAAUUUUUUUAGUGGCAACUAUAGUAGUCAAAUUAGUGGCCCCUUAAGGAGUUAAAAAUUUAGUGGUCAUUAUAGAGGUCUAAGUGCUACUACUAGACCACUAAAAAAAUUUUAGGGGCCACUUUAGGGGUCAAUGGAUCAACAUAACUGGUCUAAUCUGUUUUUUUAUUAUAUUAUCAGAGUUACUGGAAGGAAUACUGUAUGAAAAAAACUACUGGAGUGACCACUAAGUAGACAACCUCUACAGUGGCCACUGAAAUGGAAGAUAGUGGCCCCUUUAGUUUCCUCUCCAAGUAGUCCUUGACUAGCCUCUAUAGUGGCCACUCAUUUUUAACCCCUUAAGUAGCCACUAAAUUGAAUACUAUAAUGGCCACUAAAACGUCAAAACUCUAUAGUGGCCACUGAACAUUUUCCCAGUAUCGAUGUUCAAAAGUCGUUUUCAAAUUCCUCCCAUUCUCCACUUAAAAUGUUAAAACCCAGGUUUCAGAAGUUUCUCUGAGCUACUCUUGGCUACCGUACUACUAUUCGGAUGGAGCUUACAUCGGCGAGGACGGAAAUAAGCCGUCUUUUACCAAUUGGGGAUUCGGUGAGAUCAAAUAAUCUUCGUUUCUCACGUUAUCACAGCGUUUUUGCAUGGAAAUCGGCAUUAUCAGUGAAACCGAAAAUGCCGAGCAAACAUAUGACGAACAGACCAAAAAGAUCAGUUUCGAUGAUUGAUAAUUGGUACCGUAUCCAUCUCACUUCUUCAAGAAAGCUUAAAAGAAUGGAUUCUAGUAGUUUGGUGACAGGGAACAGCUUAGAUUGAAGCUUGAGGUACGGUUAUGUAUUCAGGAUCAGAAGGUUCUAUUUAUGAGUAAAACCAUUUCAUCUGGUCAGAAUCGAAAGACCAAAGAAAUUUUAACACAAUGCCAAUCGCUUUUCAAAAAAACCCAGUUUUCAAAAGAUUUGAGCUUCUUAAACUUAUAACUAAAGCUAUAGGUAUCUAAAAACUCAAGAUUGGAAUAUCUUUAUUGGGAAAUAUUCGCUUGAUCUUCAUUUUUAAAUUUAUAACCAUAGACAAAGUCGAAAAGGGUGGAAAAAGGCUGCAUAGAAAUUUUCAUUUCAAGGUGACAAAGGUUCCUUUUUUGCUGCCUUUUUGCGCCAUUUUCUCAGCCCUUAUGCACCAUUUUUGCUGCCUCUCCCUUUUUACACCAUUUCUUGAGCCUUUCAAAUCCUAAAGAAAGUGGAAGCCUCGAUAAAAGGACUUUUUUUCUGCCUUUCUGUGGCCUUUUUUGAGCCAUUAUCCACCAUUGCAACUUUGCCCGAGACUAGGGCUGUAGAUUUUGAUAACUGCUGUUCGCUUGAGAUUGAAAAAAGCGAGGAAUCAGAAAUUUCAAAUUAUAAUUCGAUUUGCAAAAGGGGCGUGCCGUAGCGCAACAGGUUGUGUGCCUGUCUACGGUCCACAGGGUCACAAGUUCGAUCCCCGCCUCGACCCAACCAAGGGGUUUAAGAAAUGUUGUUAGUGGGAAUCCACGACUUCAAAAUUCCCCAGCCGUCACACACAAGGACGGAUAUGUCACUGGAGCCAGUCCACUGAUUAUCAGGAUACCGGGCGCCGACGCCGCUCAAGCGGUACAAAGGCGUAGGAAGAAGAAGAAGAAGAAUUCGAUUAGUAAAACAUAGUGCUAAAUUAAGAAUCGCUGUAACUUCUUUCGCGAAUCAGCUAUGGAUGGAGUAUGGUUGACGCCAAAUUUCCCUUCUUAAAGUAGUGAAACGCGAUAAAUUACAGGAGAACCAACGCUCAGCGACGGUUACGCCGCCAUUCUGAGUUCGAAUGACGGCCGUUGGUUUACUUAUCCGACCAACUCGAGCUUCCACUUCAUCUGCGCCUUUCCGCCACCACAGUGCCUCAAUUCGAAAACGACAAAGUCUCCAAUUAUUCGCACUACCACAACGACAUUUUCACCAUUCACCACUUCUUCCUACUACGGUUCCUGUGUUCCUAGUUUUAGAGGUAAGUAUUCCGGUCAUUUUUUAAAUUUUAAACAUGUUCUUGAUCCAAUUUGAACAGAAAAUUUGGAAGGAAGUCUUUUAAACUCUCUGUCUCUUAGUGUAUUUACUUCAAACAGAAGAACAUUUUCCCAGUAUAUUCAGGGUUUUUAAUCAAAACAGAUUAACGAAAGUUUUGUCAAAUUCGACUAAAAUCAUCGAUAUUUUCCAAAACUCCAAAUAAAAGUCAUUUUCAAUUAGAACAGGUAUAAAACAGCCUCGGUUAAAAUCGUUUCACAAAAGAGCCUCAACAUAAAUUUAAGAAAGAAAACUUCAAAAUGAUCGGAUAACUGUGAAAAAAGCUAUUACCUCAACAUUCAAAAUUUUUUCUCAAAGUUACUUUUGAAUGUUCCUAGCCUUCAUAGGUCUCUAACUGUUAUUGGUACUGGAGUCGUUUUUUUCAGAAAGCGAUCUCAAUUUUUCUUCAACUAGAGGCAAUUCUCAACAAAAAAUAAGAAAAAAACUUUUCAGACAAUCAGAACCCGUGUCUAGACAACACCUGGCGCUACUAUCCGCGCACUUGCUCGUGUUACAAGGUGCGAAUCACGAUUUUUUUCCUGAAAGUUUUCAGGGAUUCUUCCAAAAAAAUUUUUUUGUAAUAAUAAAAAUUCCUUUUGUAUUUUUCUUAGUUGAAAGUGACUUAGCUGUCGCCAUCAUGCUUACCCCAUGUAUGAUCGGAAUGCUAACUGAUUUCAAAGCCAAUUUGCGUUGAAGAUUUUUCUCCUUCAAAUUUUGUAAAAGCUUCAAAAACCUGAAUAAAUCUUAAUUAGAUAUUUUACCUGGAAAGUUCCAGUUUCGAUUCCAAAUAAAGUCUUUAUCAAGCUCCUUCACAUAUAUCAAGCUCAAAAUUUUCGUUUUUUUAUCAAAUACUCUCAGAUUCUCAACUCCACUUACUUCGAACAAGCUCAAGAAGACUGCUCAAAUCUCUUCCCGGGCAGUAACCUCGCCUCCAUUCACAGCGAUUCUGAGGCGAUCUUCGUCAGUGGUAUGUAUGGUUUAUACAUCACACUUUUUGAGAACUUCAAUCUGAGCUCUAUCCUUCAAUCACUCCAAGACAUUUGAACCUUUCAAACUAUCGAAUUUAUUUUUUUCUUUUUUUCAAAAAGAAAAAAAUCUUAUCUCGAGAAUUUCUUAUAUUUUAAAAAAAUUUUUCCGGUUUCUUUGUCUUUCUACUAUGACAUCUCUAUCCAUAGAAAUAAUUCACAAAAAGCGUUAGGAAAUUUUGAUAAUCAUCCCUUUCAUACCAUUUUUUUGAUCACUCUCGCCUAUCUUCAUUUGAAAUUUCAGAACUUUCAAAUUAUCCGAAAUAAUUCUAUUCUCAACUUUUCGCUACUGGUCCUUCAAUCACUUCAGAUUCUCAAGAUCUUCCAAAAUAAUUUUUUUUCUCCUCUCUCUAAAAGCGUGAAUCUCCACAGACUCUGAUCAAUCCUAAAUCUUCAAACCUUCUUUAUUUCUCUAUUUAAGGUCUAUGCUCAUUGAAUGACCCCAGAAAAAAUUCUGAAACUCCCGAAAAAUUCUCCUUUCUGCUCUUUUUGAAGGCGCAGAUCUUCGUCUCUCCUCAUUUAAUCACUCCAGGACCUCAAAAAAUUCUCCUUUCUGCUCUUUUUGAAGACGCAGAUCUUCGUCUAUGUUACUUCAAUCCCUCCAGAACCUCGAAAAAUUCUGAAACUUCCAAAAUAUUUCCCCUCUUCUGCUCUUUUGGAUGGCGCAGAUCUUCGUCUCUUCUUAUUUAAUCACUCCAGAACCUCGAGAAAUUUGAAAACUCCCCGAAAUGAUCAUAUUUUUUUCGCUGUUUGAAGGCACAGAUCUUCGUCUAUGCUCCUUUAAUCCCUCUAGAUCAUACAAAAAUAUCAAAUUUCACAGACAUGGUAAUCGCCGCGAUUGAAAACGACAACUGGGAAGUUCACCACGACGGCGAGGAUGAUACCAUAAUCGGCCUGUACCGUACCCAAGUUGGAGCCCCUUGGCAGCAUACCGAUCAUACGCCCUACGAUUUCUUCCCCUGGAUCGCACCGGACACUUCGAUCAAUAACAACUAUGGGACGGUGGGUUAUAGAGAGAUUAUUCUAGACUGCGGUUGAGGACUUCUUGAAAGUGAGCCAGAAUAUUCCAGCAGUCUCAGCCUGCUCAUCUCUGGUUUUCGGAAAGGACACCUCAAAGUCAAAGAAAGCCUUCAAUAUUCGUAAAAAGGGUCUUUCCAUCCUCAUUGAAAAAAAAAACUUAGAGCUUAAAAAGGGAAAAAUACAAACCAAAGGGUCAUUGUCUACAGUUACCUUAGUUUCUAACUGGAGUUCAUGAACUUUCAAAAGAAAUUCAGAAAUUCAAACGUAAUGCUCUUUUUCAGUUGAUAACUUCGAGCGCACCGGGCUACCGAGGAUUUGGAGGCGUUUACAGUACUGAGAACUACAUUAUCCGGACAGCCGUUUGCAAAUAUCAGCUUUAA